AUGCCAGUAGAAGUAUUGAAUGUAGACGAUCUAGCAACUGACUGGAGGGAACCGAUUAUGGAGUACUUGACCCCCAACUUCAAGACGCCUAGAAACGUUAGAGUAAAGCACAGAAGUACUGAGACAAAUUAUUUCAUGAAAUGGGUUGAGGCUGAUCAGGCCGAGGUAAGUAACAAGGUCAUCAUCAGCAUGUUGGAGAAGAUGAUGGACGAUAAUCCUAGAGUCUGGCAGAAAAUUCCCCCAAAAGUCGUGUGGGCAUAUAGAAUGACAAAACAGUCAAGUACUGGCACAAGUCCAUUUUAUUUGACUUAUGGACAUGAUGCUAUGCUUCCAAUGGAGAUUGCCAUUCUUUCUCUAAGGGUGGCAAGACAUAACAGCUUCACCGUAGAGGAUUAUUCAGAGGCAAUGGUGAUGAAAUUGGAAUAG